UCGGGACGUGUCUCUCUCUUCUUUGAAGAUCCCAGCCCUUCAUCCUGGUUAUAAGUGUUUGGGGCUUUCCCUCUGGUGGCGUCUCUACCUCUGCUGGCUGUGUGACCGAGAUUCCCCACGAGAGAGACUGAAGAGAGGACAGGAAGGAGGGGCGGGCUCCUGGCAGGCAUUGGCACCUGAACCGAGUCCUGCGAAAGAUGGAGAAGGAAGAGGAGACAACGCGGGAGCUGCUGCUGCCCAACUGGCAGGGCAGUGGCUCCCACGGGCUCACCAUUGCCCAGAGGGACGAUGGCGUCUUUGUGCAGGAGGUCAUGCAGAAUUCCCCUGCGGCCCGCACUGGGGUGGUCAAGGAGGGGGACCAGAUUGUGGGUGCCACCAUCUACUUUGACAACCUGCAGUCAGGCGAGGUGACGCAGCUGCUGAGCACCAUGGGACACCACACGGUGGGUCUGAAGCUGCACCGCAAGGGGGACCGCUCCCCUGAGCCGGGCCAGACCUGGACACACGAAGUCUUCAGCUCCCACAGCUCUGAAGUGGUUCUGAGCGGGGAUGACGAGGAGUACCAGCGCAUCUAUACCACGAAGAUCAAGCCUCGGCUGAAGUCGGAGGACGGAGUGGAAGGGGACCUUGGGGAGACCCAGAGCCGCACCAUCACGGUGACUAGAAGGGUCACGGCCUACACUGUGGACGUGACGGGCCGGGAAGGAGCCAAGGACAUUGACAUCAGCAACCCUGAGUUCAAGAUUAAGAUUCCACGGCAUGAACUGACUGAAAUCUCUACUGUGGAUGUAGAGACCCAGCCUGGGAAGACUGUGAUCAGACUGCCCUCGGGCUCGGGGGCAGUGUCUCCAACCACAGGCUCUGCUGUGGACAUUCGAGCGGGCUCCAUUUCCACUUCGGGACCAGAGCUCCACGGUGCUGGCCACUCGAAGCUCCAGGUCACCGUGCCUGGGAUAAAGGUGGGAAGCCCAGAUGUCAGUGUCAGUGCAAAGGGCCUGGACUUGGGUGGCAAAGGAGGGAUCCACGUUCCAGGAGUGGGCAUUUCGUCUUCUCUUGGGGGUGGGGCAGUACAAGUACAAGGCCCGUCUCUUGAGAGUGGCAGUAGUGGGAAAAUUAAAAUUCCCAGCAUGAAGGUGCCAAAAUUUGGUGUCUCAGCAGGGCCUGAGGGCCAGGUACCAGAGACAGGGUUGAAUAUUUCUGCCCCUGAAUUCUCUGUGGGGCACAAGGGCAGUGGGAACAUUUCGACCCCUCAGCUGGAAGUCAGUGUUCCCUGUGCCAGUGUUGAGGGGCUUAAGGGGAAGUUGAAGGGCCCCCAGAUUACUGGGCCAUCACUUGAGGGAGAACUAGGCCUGAAAGGUGCCAAGCCACAGGGGAACAUAGGGGUGGACAUCUCUAGUCCCAAAAUCAAGGGCGGCAUCACUGGUCCCAAUGUGGAAGUUCAGGGCCCUGAUGUUGAUAUUCAUGGGCCUGGAGGCAAACUAAAUAUGCCCAAGAUGAAAGUCCCCAAAUUCUCUGUGUCUGGUUCUAAGGGAGAGGGAACUGGAAUUGAUGUGACACUACCCACAGGUGACAUGACUCUUCCUGGGGUCUCUGGGGAUGUCAGCCUGCCCGAGGUUGCUACUGUGGGGCUGGAAGGGAAGAUGAAGGGUACUAAAGUCAAGAAUCCUGAAAUGAUUAUUCAGAAACCUAAAAUCUCCAUGCAGGAUGUGGAUCUGAGCCUUGGGUCCUCCAGACUGAGAGGAGAUGUUAAGGUGCCCGCUCUGGGAGUGCAAGGUGAUGUCAAAGGCCCUCAAGUCACAGUUAAAGGCUCCAAAGUGGACAUUGGGACACCCAGCCUGGAGGGGACCCUGGCAGGACCCAAGCUGAGUGGUCCCGCUGGGAAAAUGGGACCCUGCAGUAUCUCUAUGGCAGAUGUAGACUUAAAUGUGGCUGCACCUAAAGUGAAAGGAGGCGUAGAUGUCACACUUCCAAAAGUAGAAGGGAAAGUCAAAGUCCCCGAAGUUGACGUCAAAGGCCCCAAAGUGGAUGUCAGUGCCCCAGAUGUGGAAGUGCAUGGCCCAGAAUGGAACCUGAAAAUGCCCAAGAUGAAAAUGCCCAAGUUCAGUGCUCCAGGAGUCAAAGGGGAAGGCCCAGAUAUGCACGUAAAUCUACCCAAAGGAGAUGUCAGUAUUACAGGGCCCAAGGUCAACGUGGAAGCCCCAGAUGUCAACAUAGGAGGCCUGGGGGGCAAACUUAAAGGCCCUGAUGUUAAGUUGCCUGAAGUGAGUGUCAAGACACCGAAGAUCUCCAUGCCUGAUGUCGAUCUGCAUGUUAAAGGCCCAAAGGUAAAAGGCGAGUACGAUGUCACAGUACCAAAACUUGAAGGGGAACUGAAAGGUCCCCAGAUGGACAUUAAUGCCCCAGAUGUGGAUGUUCAUGGCCCAGACUGGCAUCUGAAGAUGCCCAAGAUGAAAAUGCCCAAAUUCAGCGUGCCAGGAUUCAAAGCAGAGGGCCCAGAUGUGGAUGUGAACCUGCCCAAGCCUGACGUGGACAUUUCUGGGCCCAAGGUAGAUGUUAGUGCUCCGGAUGUGAGAAUUGAGGGACCAGAAGGAAAACUGAAAGGACCUAAAUUUAAGAUGCCUGAGAUGAACAUCAAAGCCCCAAAGAUUUCCAUGCCCGAUGUGGACUUACAUUUGAAAGGCCCUAGUGUAAAAGGAGAAUACGAUGUCACGGUGCCAAAGGUUGAAGGUGAGAUUAAAGUUCCUGAUGUUGAACUUAAAAGUGCCAAAGUGGACAUUGAUGUUCCAGAUGUGGACGUUCAUGGCCCAGAUUGGCACCUGAAGAUGCCCAAAAUGAAAAUGCCGAAGUUCAGCAUGCCUGGCUUCAAAGCAGAGGGCCCAGAAGUGGAUGUGAACCUGCCCAAAGCUGACAUUGACAUCUCAGGACCCAAGGUGGAUGUUGAAGUUCCAGAUGUGAAUAUUGAAGGACCUGAAGGAAAGCUGAAGGGUCCCAAGUUUAAGAUGCCUGAGAUGAAUAUCAAAGCCCCAAAGAUCUCCAUGCCUGAUGUGGACUUGCAUAUGAAAAGCCCCAAGGUAAAGGGAGAAUAUGAUGUUACAGUGCCAAAGCUGGAAGGUGACCUGAAAGGGCCUAAAGUAGAUGUCAGUGCCCCAGAUGUUGAAGUUCAUGGUCCUGAUUGGAACCUAAAAAUGCCCAAGAUGAAAAUGCCCAAAUUUACUAUGCCCAGCCUCAAGGGAGAGGGCCCAGAAUUGGAUGUGAACCUGCCCAAGGUUGAUGUGGACCUUUCUGCACCCAAGGUAGAUAUUAGUGCUCCAGAUCUGAGCCUUGAAGGACCUGAAGGAAAGUUGAAAGGCCCCAAGUUUAAGAUGCCUGAGAUGCACUUCAAAGCUCCUAAGAUGACUAUGCCAGAUGUUGACCUCAAUCUUAAAGGACCCAAAAUGAAAGGAAAUCUAGAGAUGUCCGCACCAAAAAUAGAAGGUGAGAUGAAAGUUCCAGACGUGGACCUCAAAAGCCCCAACGUAGACAUUAAAGCACCAGAUAUGGAAGUACAAGGUGGAGACUGGAGCCUGAAAAUGCCCAAGAUGAAAAUGCCCAAGUUCAGCAUGCCUAGUUUUAAAGCAGAGGGCCCAGAAGUGGAUGUGAACCUGCCCAAGGCUAACAUUGACAUCUCUGGACCCAAGGUUGACAUCGAAACCCCAGAUGUGAGCCUUGAGGGACCAGAAGGAAAGCUGAAGGGUCCGAAGUUUAAGAUGCCUGAGAUGCACUUCAAGGCUCCCAAGAUUUCCAUGCCUGAUGUGGACUUACACUUGAAAGGCCCCAAGGUCAAAGGAGACGUUGAUGUGUCAGUGCCUAAGAUAGAAGGUGAAAUGAAAGUGCCAGAUGUGGACAUCAAAGGACCCAAAGUGGACGUUGAUGUCCCAGAUGUCGAUGUUCAUGGCCCAGACUGGCACUUGAAGAUGCCCAAGAUGAAAAUGCCCAAGUUCAGCAUGCCUGGCUUCAAAGCAGAGGGCCCAGAAGUGGAUGUGAACCUGCCCAAGGCUGACAUUGACAUCUCUGGACCCAAGGUUGACAUCGAAACCCCAGAUGUGAGCCUUGAGGGACCAGAAGGGAAGCUGAAGGGUCCGAAGUUUAAGAUGCCUGAGAUGCACUUCAAGGCUCCCAAGAUCUCCAUGCCUGAUGUGGACCUGAAUCUUAAGGGACCAAAACUAAAGGGAGAUGCAGAUAUGUCUUUGCCUGGUGUAGAAGGUGAAAUAAAAGUGCCAGACGUCGACCUUAAAGGGCCCAAAGUUGACAUCAGUGCUCCAGAUGUGGAUGUUCAUGGUCCAGACUGGCACCUGAAGAUGCCCAAGGUGAAAAUGCCCAAGUUCAGCAUGCCAGGUUUCAAAGGAGAGGGCCCAGAAGUAGAUGUGAAUCUGCCCAAGGCUGACUUUGAUGUCUCAGGACCCAAGGUGAAUGUCGAAGUUCCAGAUGUGAAUAUUGAAGGUCCAGAUGCAAAACUAAAAGGUCCUAAAUUUAAGAUGCCAGAAAUGAAUAUAAAGCCACAGAAGAUACCAAUGCCAGAUGUUGGUUUGCAUUUGAAAGGUCCUAAAAUGAAAGCAGAUUACGAUGUGACAGUCCCCAAAAUAGAAGGAGAGAUACAAGCUCCUGAUGUUAACAUUAAAGGUCCCAAAGUGGAUAUUAAUGCACCAGAUGUGGGAGUUCAUGGCCCAGACUGGCACCUGAAGAUGCCCAAAGUGAAAAUGCCCAAGUUCAGCAUGCCCGGCCUUAAAGGAGAUGGCCCGGAAGUGGAUGUGAACUUGCCCAAAGCUGACAUUAAUGUCUCUGGACCCAAAUUGGACAUUAAUGCUCCAGAUGUGACUCUUGAAAGUCCAGAGGGGAAACUAAAGGGUCCCAAGUUCAAGAUGCCAAGCAUGAAUAUACAGACACAGAAAAUUUCUGUGCCUGAUGUUGGACUUAAUCUGAAAGCCCCUAAACUGAAAACUGAUGUGGAUGUUUCCCUUCCUAAAGUGGAAGGAGACUUGAAAGUUCCUGAAAUAGAUGUGAAAGCCCCUAAGGUGGAUGUGGAUGUUGGAGAUAUUGAUAUUGAAUGUCCUGAAGGAAAGAUGAAAGGCCCCAAGUUUAAGAUGCCAGACAUGCACUUCAAGGCCCCCAAGAUCUCCAUGCCUGAUGUUGACUUACACCUGAAAGGCCCCAAAGUCAAAGGGGAUAUGGAUGUCUCUGUGCCCAAGAUAGAAGGUGAAAUGAAAGUGCCAGAUGUUGACCUCAAAGGACCCAAAGUGGACAUUAAUGCACCAGAUGUGGAUGUUCAAGGCCCAGACUGGCACCUGAAGAUGCCCAAAGUGAAAAUGCCCAAGUUCAGCAUGCCAGGCUUCAAAGGAGAGGGCCCAGAAGUGGAUGUGAACUUGCCAAAGGCUGACAUUAAUGUUUCUGGCCCCAAAGUGGACAUUGAUGCUCCUGAUUUGGAUAUUGAGGGACCUGAAGGAAAAUUAAAAGGCUCUAAAUUUAAGAUGCCUAAAUUGAAUAUCAAACCCUCCAAGAUAUCCAUGCCAAAUGUGGACUUGAAUUUGAAGGGACCCAAACUGAAAGGAGACAUAGAUGCCUCAGUGCCAGAACUGGAAGGUGAUCUCAGAGGUCCUCAAGUUGAUAUCAAAGGCCCCAGCAUGGAUGUGGAGGUGCCUGACGUUGAUCUGGAAUGUCCUGAUGCAAAGUUGAAAGGUUCCAAGUUUAAGAUGCCUGAGAUGCACUUCAAGGCCCCCAAGAUCUCCAUGCCGGAUGUGGACUUACAUUUGAAAGGCCCCAAAGUCAAAGGGGAUGUUGAUGUGUCUGUGCCAAAAUUGGAGGGAGAUUUGAAGGGCCCCAGUAUAGAUGUGGAAGUGCCUGAUGUUGACCUCGAAUGUCCUGAUGCAAAGUUGAAAGGCCCCAAGUUUAAGAUGCCCGAGAUGCACUUCAAGGCCCCCAAGAUCUCCAUGCCGGAUGUGGACUUACAUUUGAAAGGCCCCAAAGUCAAAGGGGAUGUUGAUGUGUCUGUGCCCAAGAUAGAAGGUGAAAUGAAAGUGCCAGAUGUGGACAUCAAAGGACCCAAAGUGGACAUUAAUGCACCAGAUGUGGAUGUUCAAGGCCCCGAAUGGAACUUGAAAAUGCCCAAGAUGAAAAUGCCCAAGUUCAGCAUGCCUGGCUUCAAAGGAGAGGCCCCAGAAGUGGAUGUGAACCUGCCCAAAGCUGACAUUGACAUCUCUGGACCCAAAGUUGACAUCGAAACUCCAGAUGUGAGCCUUGAGGUCCCAGAAGGGAAGCUGAAGGGCCCCAAGUUUAAGAUGCCUGAGAUGCACUUCAAGGCUCCCAAGAUCUCCAUGCCUGACGUGGACUUACAUUUGAAAGGCCCCAAAGUCAAAGGGGAUGUUGAUGUGUCUGUGCCAAAAUUGGAGGGAGAUUUGAAAGGCCCCAGCGUGGAUGUGGAAAUGCCCGAUGUUGAUCUAGAAUGUCCUGAUGCAAAGUUGAAAGGCCCCAAGUUUAAGAUGCCAGACAUGCACUUCAAGGCCCCCAAGAUCUCCAUGCCGGAUGUGGACUUACACUUGAAAGGCCCCAAAGUUAAAGGGGAUGUGGAUGUCUCUAUGCCCAAGAUAGAAGGUGAAAUGAAAGUGCCAGAUGUUGACCUCAAAGGACCCAAAGUGGACAUUAAUGCACCAGAUGUGGAUGUUCAUGGACCAGACUGGCACCUGAAGAUGCCUAAGAUGAAAAUGCCAAAAUUCAGCAUGCCAGGCUUCAAAGGAGAGGGCCCAGAUGUGGAUGUGAACCUGCCCAAGGCUGAUAUUGACAUUUCUGGACCCAAGGUUGACAUUGAAGCUCCAGAUGUGAACAUUGAGGCUCCAGAAGGAAAACUGAAAGGCCCUAAGUUCAAGAUGCCUGACAUGCACUUUCAUGCCCCCAAGAUCUCCAUGCCUGAUGUUGACUUCAACUUAAAGGGGCCUAAAAUUAAAGGAGACCUUGAUGUUUCUGCCCCAAAGAUUGAAGGAGAGCUAAAAGGUCCAGAAUUGGAUGUCAAGGGCCCCAAAUUGGAUGUUGACAUGCCAGAUGUAGCUGUGGAAGGCCCAGAUGGCAAAUGGAAAAGUCCUAAAUUCAAGAUGCCAGACAUGCAUUUUAAAGCUCCUAAAAUCUCCAUGCCAGACAUUAAUCUACACUUAAAAAGCCCCAAGGUCAAGGGAGAGGUGGAUGUGGAUGUUCCCAAAUUGGAAGGUGACAUCAGUGGGCCAGAUAUGGACAUUGAAGGACCAGAGGGCAAAUUGAAAGGCCCCAAGUUCAAGAUGCCUGACAUGCAUUUCAAAGCCCCAAAUAUUUCUAUGCCUGAUGUGGACCUAAAUCUGAAAGGACCAAAAAUCAAGGGGGAUGUUGAUGUGUCCGUGCCUGAGGUAGAAGGUAAAAUUAAAGUGCCAGAUGUGAACAUCAAGAGCCCCAAAGUAGACAUAAGUGCUCCUGAAGUUCAUGGCCCAGACUGGCACCUGAAGAUGCCCAAGAUGAAAAUGCCCAAGUUCAGCAUGCCAGGCUUCAAAGGAGAGGGCCCAGAUGUGGAUGUGAACCUGCCCAAGGCUGAUAUUGACAUCUCUGGACCCAAGGUUGACAUUGAAGCUCCAGAUGUGAACAUUGAGGGUCCAGAAGGAAAACUGAAAGGCCCUAAGUUCAAGAUGCCUGACAUGCACUUUCAUGCCCCCAAGAUCUCCAUGCCUGACUUUGAUUUGCAUCUGAAAGGUCCCAAAGUUAAAGGUGAAGUGGACGCUUCUCUGCCUAAAGUUGAAGGCCCUGAAGUUGACAUCAAAGGCCCCAAAGUGGACAUCGAUGCCCCAGAUGUGGAUGUUCAAGGCCCAGACUGGCAUCUGAAGAUGCCCAAGAUAAAAAUGCCCAAGGUGAGCAUGCCAGGCUUCAAAGGAGAGGGCCCAGAAGUAGAUGUGAACUUGCCCAAGGCUGACAUCAAUGUCUCAGGACCCAAAGUAGACCUUGAAUGUCCGGAUGUGAAUAUUGAAGGACCUGAAGGAAAGUGGAAAAGCCCCAAAUUUAAGAUGCCUGAAAUGCAUUUUAAGACUCCAAAGAUAUCCAUGCCAGAUAUUGAUCUUAAUCUAACAGGUCCAAAAAUAAAAGGAGAUAUGGAUGUCACAGGUCCCAAGGUAGAGGGAGAUCUGAAAGGUCCUGAAAUUGACCUCAAAGGCCCCAAAGUGGACAUUGAUGUUCCAGACGUGGAUGUUCAUGGCCCAGAUUGGCACUUGAAGAUGCCUAAGAUGAAAAUGCCAAAGUUCAGCAUGCCAGGCUUUAAAGCAGAGGGCCCAGAAGUGGAUGUGAACCUCCCCAAGGCUGACAUUGAUGUUACUGGACCCAAGGUAGACAUUGAGGGCCCUGAUGUUAAUAUUGAAGGACCAGAAGGAAAGUUGAAAGGUCCUAAGUUCAAGAUGCCAGAGAUGAACAUCAAAGCCCCCAAGAUCUCCAUGCCUGACUUUGAUUUGCAUCUGAAAAGUCCCAAAGUAAAGGGUGAUGUGGAUGUGUCUUUACCCAAAGUGGAAGGUGAGAUUAAAGUUCCAGAAGUGGAUAUUAAAGGCCCCAAAGUGGACAUUGAUGUUCCAGACGUGGACGUUCAUGGCCCAGACUGGCACCUUAAGAUGCCUAAGAUGAAAAUGCCCAAGUUCAGCAUGCCAGGCUUCAAAGGAGAGGGCCCAGAAGUGGAUGUGAACCUGCCCAAGGCUGACAUUGAUGUCUCAGGACCCAAGGUGGACAUUGAAGGUCCUGAUGUGAAUAUUGAAGGUCCAGAUGCAAAACUGAAGGGCCCCAAGUUCAAGAUGCCAGAGAUGAACAUCAAAGCCCCCAAGAUCUCCAUGCCUGACAUUGAUCUUAAUCUGAAAGGUUCCAAAGUGAAGGGAGAUGUAGAUGUAUCUUUACCAAAAGUGGAAGGUGAAAUGAAAGUUCCAGAAGUGGAUAUUAAAGGCCCCAAAGUGGACAUCGAUGUCCCAGAUGUGGAUGUUCAUGGUCCAGACUGGCACCUUAAGAUGCCCAAGGUGAAAAUGCCCAAGUUCAGCAUGCCAGGCUUCAAAGGAGAAGGCCCAGAAGUGGAUGUGAACCUGCCCAAGGCUGACAUUGAUGUCUCAGGACCCAAGGUGGACAUUGAAGGUCCUGAUGUGAAUAUUGAAGGUCCAGAUGCAAAACUGAAGGGCCCCAAGUUCAAGAUGCCAGAGAUGAAUAUCAAAGCUCCUAAGAUAUCAAUGCCAGAUUUGGACCUGAAUCUUAAAGGCCCUAAAAUGAAAGGAGAGGUGGAUGUUUCACUUCCAAGUCUAGAAGGUGAUUUGAAAGGGCCGGCUCUUGACAUCAAGGGCCCGAAGAUAGAUUUAGAGGCUCCAGAUAUUGACAUUCAUGGUCCAGAAGGCAAAUUAAAAGGUCCAAAACUGAAGAUGCCUGAUAUGCAUGUAAACAUGCCCAAGAUCUCUAUGCCAGAAAUUGAUCUGAACUUGAAAGGCUCAAAGCUUAAGGGUGAUGUUGAUGUUUCUGGGCCCAAAUUGGAAGGUGAUAUUAAAGCUCCAAAGUUGGAUGUAAAGGGCCCAGAAGUGGACAUUUCUGGUCCUAAGCUCAAUAUUGAAGGCAAAUCAAAGAAAUCUCGUUUUAAGCUUCCCAAAUUUAAUUUUUCGGGCUCCAAAGUUCAGACACCUGAGAUGGAUGUCAAAGUUAAAAAGCCAGAUAUUGAUGUAACAGGCCCAAAAGUUGAUAUCAAUGCUCCUGAUGUUGAGGUCCAAGGAAAAGUAAAAGGAUCCAAGUUCAAAAUGCCUUUCCUGAGUAUUUCAUCUCCUAAAGUUUCUAUGCCUGAUGUGGAGUUAAAUCUGAAAGGUCCUAAAGUCAAAGGAGACUUAAAUGUUGCAGGUCCUAAUUUAGAAGGUGACUUUCAAGGACCUCAAGUGGACAUUAAGGCACCAGAAGUCCAUCUUGAUGCACCGGAUGUGGAUGUUCAUGGUCCAGACUGGAAUUUGAAGAUGCCCAAGAUGAAAAUGCCCAAGUUUGGGGUGCCUGGCUUAAAAGCAGAAGGGCCAGAUAUGGCUGUGGAUCUGCCUAAAGGAGAUGUUAACAUAGAGGCUCCAAAAAUGGACAUUGAGGGCCCAGAAAUCAAUGUGGAAGGUCUAGAAGGAAGCUUAAAAGGUCCCAAACUCAAGAUGCCUGAUAUGAAUAUCAAAGCUCCUAAGAUCUCCAUGCCUGACAUUGAUUUAAACCUGAAGGGCCCCAAGGUAAAAGGUGAUAUGGAUGUUUCUCUGCCUAAAGUGGAAGGAGAUUUGAAAGGCCCAGGGGUUGAUAUCAAAGGGCCCAAAGUGGAUAUUAAUGUCCCUGAUGUGGACGUUCAUGGUCCAGACUGGCACCUGAAGAUGCCCAAAGUGAAAAUGCCUAAGUUCAGCAUGCCAGGCUUCAAAGGAGAGGGCCCAGAAAUGGAUGUAAACCUGCCCAAGGCUGACAUUGAUGUUCCAGAUGUGAGUAUCGAAGGUCCAGAUGCAAAACUGAAGGGCCCCAAAUUCAAGAUGCCUGAGAUGAACAUCAAAGCCCCCAAAAUCUCCAUGCCGGACAUUGAUCUGAACCUAAAGGGCCCCAAAAUGAAGGGUGAUAUGGAUGUGUCUUUGCCAAAAGUGGAAGGUGACCUAAAGGGCCCAGAGGUCGACAUCAAGGGCCCCAAAGUGGACAUUGACACACCUGAUAUUAACAUUGAAGGCCCAGAGGGGAAAUUGAAGGGACCCAAAUUCAAGAUGCCAGAGAUGAACAUCAAAGCCCCCAAGAUCUCCAUGCCUGACCUUGAUUUGCAUCUGAAAGGUCCUAAGAUCAAAGGAGAUGUGGAUGUUUCCCUGCCUAAGGUAGAAGGUGACCUGAAGGGCCCUGAAGUUGACAUAAAGGGCCCCAAAGUGGACAUUAAUGCACCAGAUGUGGAUGUUCAAGGCCCAGAUUGGCACCUGAAGAUGCCCAAAGUGAAAAUGCCCAAGUUCAGCAUGCCUGGCUUCAAAGGAGAGGGCCCAGAAGUGGACGUGAGCCUGCCCAAGGCUGACAUUGAUGUCUCAGGACCCAAAGUGGACAUUGAAGGUCCUGACGUUAAUAUUGAAGGACCUGAGGGAAAGUUGAAAGGUCCUAAGUUCAAAAUGCCUGAGAUGAACAUCAAAGCCCCCAAGAUCUCCAUGCCUGACUUUGAUUUGCAUCUGAAAGGUCCUAAGAUCAAAGGAGAUGUGGAUGUUUCCCUGCCUAAGGUGGAAGGUGACCUGAAGGGCCCUGAAGUUGACAUAAAGGGCCCCAAAGUGGACAUUAAUGCUCCAGAUGUGGAUGUUCAAGGCCCAGAUUGGCACCUGAAGAUGCCCAAAGUGAAAAUGCCCAAGUUCAGCAUGCCUGGCUUCAAGGGAGAAGGCCCAGAAGUGGAUGUGAGCCUGCCCAAGGCUGACAUUGAUGUCUCAGGACCAAAGGUGGAUGUUGAAAUUCCAGAUGUGAAUAUUGAAGGUCCAGAUGCAAAACUGAAGGGCCCCAAGUUCAAGAUGCCAGAGAUGAACAUCAAAGCCCCCAAGAUCUCCAUGCCUGACUUUGAUUUGCACCUGAAAAGUCCUAAGGUAAAGGGUGAUGUGGAUGUUUCUCUGCCUAAGGUGGAAGGUGACUUAAAGGCCCCUGAAGUUGACAUCAAAGGCCCCAAAGUGGACAUCGAUGUCCCAGAUGUGGAUGUUCAUGGCCCAGACUGGCACCUGAAGAUGCCCAAGGUGAAAAUGCCCAAGUUCAGCAUGCCUGGCUUCAAAGGAGAGGGCCCAGAAGUGGAUGUGAACCUGCCCAAGGCUGACAUUGAUAUCUCAGGACCCAAGGUGGACAUAGACACUCCUGACAUUGACAUUCAUGGCCCAGAAGGGAAACUGAAGGGCCCCAAGUUCAAAAUGCCUGACCUGCAUCUCAAAGCACCCAAGAUCUCCAUGCCUGAAGUCGACCUGAACCUGAAGGGUCCUAAAGUAAAGGGCGAUGUGGACGUUUCUCUGCCCAAAGUGGAAGGUGACCUCAAGUGCCCUGAAGUUGACAUCAAAGGCCCCAAAGUGGACAUCAGUGUCCCAGAUGCGGAUGUUCAUGGCCCAGACUGGCACCUGAAGAUGCCCAAGGUGAAAAUGCCCAAGUUCAGCAUGCCUGGCUUCAAAGGAGAGGGCCCAGAAGUGGAUGUAAACCUGCCCAAGGCUGACAUUGAUGUUCCAGAUGUGAAUAUUGAAGGUCCAGAUGCGAAACUGAAGGGCCCUAAAUUCAAGAUGCCUGAGAUGAAUAUCAAAGCUCCUAAAAUCUCUAUGCCGGACAUUGACUUAAACCUGAAAGGUCCCAAAGUAAAAGGUGAUGUAGAUGUUUCCCUGCCUAAGGUGGAAGGUGACCUCAAGGGCCCCAGUAUUGACAUCAAAGGGCCCAAAGUGGACAUUGAUGCCCCUGAUGUGGAUGUUCAUGGCCCAGACUGGCACCUGAAGAUGCCCAAAGUAAAAAUGCCCAAGUUCAGCAUGCCAGGCUUCAAGGGAGAGGGCCCAGAAGUGGAUGUUACCCUCCCUAAAGCUGACAUUGAUAUUUCUGGCCCCAAAGUGGAUAUUGAUGUUCCAGAUGUUAAUAUUGAAGGUCCAGAUGCAAAAUUGAGGGGCCCUAAGUUCAAGAUGCCUGAGAUGAACAUCAAAGCCCCCAAAAUCUCCAUGCCUGACCUUGACUUUAACUUGAAGGGCCCCAAAAUGAAAGGUGAUGUGGAUGUCUCUCUGCCCAAAGUAGAAGGUGACCUCAAAGGUCCUGAAAUUGACAUAAAGGCACCCAAAUUGGACAUUGAUACUCCUGAUAUCAGUAUUGAAGGUCCAGAAGGAAAACUGAAGGGGCCCAAAUUUAAGAUGCCAGAGAUGCACAUUAAAGCCCCCAAGAUCUCCAUGCCGGACUUUGACUUAAACCUGAAAGGGCCAAAGGCAAAGGGCGAUGUGGACCUUUCACUGCCUAAGGUGGAAGGUGAUCUGAAAGGGCCAGAGGUGGACAUCGAGGGUCCUGAAGGGAAACUCAAAGGCCCCAAAUUCAAGAUGCCUGAUGUACAUUUCAAAACCCCACAAAUUUCCAUGAGUGACAUUGAUUUGAACUUGAAAGGACCUAAGGUAAAAGGAGAUUUGGACAUUUCCAUUCCUAAACUGGAAGGAGAUCUAAAAGGCCCCAAAGUGGAUGUUAAAGGCCCUAAGCUGGACAUAGACACUCCUGACAUUGACAUUCAUGGCCCAGAAGGGAAACUGAAGGGCCCCAAGUUCAAAAUGCCUGACCUGCAUCUCAAAGCACCCAAGAUCUCCAUGCCUGAAGUCGACCUGAACCUGAAGGGUCCUAAAGUAAAGGGCGAUGUGGACGUUUCUCUGCCCAAAGUGGAAGGUGACCUCAAGUGCCCUGAAGUUGACAUCAAAGGCCCCAAAGUGGACAUUAAUGCACCAGAUGUGGAUGUUCAUGGCCCAGACUGGCACCUGAAGAUGCCCAAGGUGAAAAUGCCCAAGUUCAGCAUGCCUGGCUUCAAAGGAGAGGGCCCUGAAGUAGAUGUGAAUUUGCCCAAGGCUGACUUUGAUGUCUCAGGACCUAAGGUGGACAUUGAUGUUCCAGAUGUGAAUAUCGAAGGCCCAGAUGCGAAACUAAAGGGCCCCAAAUUCAAGAUGCCAGAGAUGAACAUCAGGGCUCCUAAGAUUUCCAUGCCCGAUCUUGAUCUGAACUUGAAGGGCCCCAAAAUGAAGGGCGAUGUGGAUGUUUCCCUGCCUAAGGUGGAAGGUGACCUCACGGGCCCCAGUAUUGACAUCAAAGGGCCCAAAGUGGACAUCGAUGCCCCUGAUGUGGAUGUUCAUGGCCCAGACUGGCACCUGAAGAUGCCCAAGGUGAAAAUGCCCAAGUUCAGCAUGCCUGGCUUCAAAGGAGAGGGCCCAGAAGUAGAUGUGAACUUGCCCAAGGCUGACUUUGAUGUCUCAGGACCUAAGGUGGACAUUGAUGUUCCAGAUGUGAAUAUUGAAGGUCCAGAUGCGAAACUCAAGGGCCCCAAGUUCAAGAUGCCUGAAAUAAACAUCAAAGCUCCAAAAAUCUCCAUGCCUGAUGUUAACUUAGAUCUGAAAGGACCCAAAGUCAAAGGAGAUUUUGAUAUGUCUGUCCCUAAGAUUGAAGGUACUUUCAAAGGUCCAGAAGUAGACCUUACAGGCCCACGUUUGGAUUUGGAAGGCCCUGAUGCCAAACUCAGUGGUCCAAAUUUGAAGAUGCCAUCACUGGAUAUAUCUGCCCCUAAGGUAACUGUUCCUGAUGUUGAUUUGCAUCUCAAGACACCCAAAAUCGGAAUUUCUGGUCCUAAAUUAGAAGGUGGUGAACUGGACCUUAAGGGGCCUAAAGUUGAUUUAGAAGCUCCUAACUUAGAUGUACACAUGGAGAGCCCAGAUGUUAACAUUGAGGGGCCAGAUGUUAAAAUUCCCAAAUUUAAGAAACCCAAGUUUGGAUUUGGGGCAAAAAGUCCCAAAGCUGACUUCAAAUCACCCUCGGUUGAUGUGACUGUUCCUGAGGCAGAACUGAGCCUUGAGGCUCCUGAAAUUAGUGUUGGUGGCAAGGGCAAGAAAAGUAAGUUUAAAAUGCCUAAAAUUCAUAUGAGUGGCCCUAAAAUGAAAACCAAGAAACAAGGAUUUGAUUUGAAUGUUCCCGGGGGCGAAAUUGAUGCCAGUCUCAAGGCGCCUGAUGUAGAUGUCAAUGUUGCGGGGCCGGACGCCACACUUAAAGUCGAUGUGAAGUCUCCUAAAACCAAGAAACCGAUGUUUGGAAAAAUGUACUUCCCUGAUGUCGAAUUUGACAUUAAAUCAUCUAAAUUUAAAGCUGAGGCCUCCCUUCCUAGCCCCAAAAUGGAGGGUGAAAUUCAGGCCUGUGACCUGGAUAUUUCUUCGCCAGGGAUUAAUGUGGAAGGUCCUGACAUCAAGCUGAAGGCUCCCACGUUCAAGAUGCCAGGUGUGGAUGUCUCAGGGCCCAAAAUAGAGGGCGACUUCAAAGGCCCCAGGGUGCAGGCGAACUUGGACGCACCUGACAUCAACAUCGAAGGCCCAGAUGCUAAAGUCAAAGCACCAUCCUUCGGCAUUUCUGCCCCUCAAGUCUCCAUCCCUGAUGUGAACGUUAGCUUGAAAGGACCAAAGAUAAAGGGUGAUGUCCCCAGUGUGGGACUGGAAGGACCAGACAUAGAUCUGCAAGGUCCAGAAUCAAAAAUCAAGUUCCCCAAGUUUUCGAUGCCCAAGAUCGGCGUCCCUGGUGUGAAAAUGGAGGGUGGGGGAGCUGAGGUCCAUGCCCAGCUGCCCUCACUUGAAGGAGGCUUGAGUGCACCGGGUGUUAAGCUCGAAGGGCCUGAUGUGUCUCUGAAGGGGCCAAAAGUGGACUUGCCUUCAGUGAACCUCUCUAUGCCUAAAGUCUCUGGACCUGACCUUGACCUGAACGUGAAAGGACCAAGUUUGAAGGGAGACCUGGCUGUCUCUGGUGACAUCAAGUGCCCUAAAGUAUCAGUAGGUGCUCCUGAUCUAAGCUUGGAGGUACCUGAAGGUGGUAUUAAACUUCCCCAAAUGAAGCUGCCCCAGUUUGGCAUCUCCACUCCAGGGUCUGACUUGGACAUUAACGUCAAGGGGCCACAAGUUACUGGAGAACUAAAGGGGCCAGGCAUGGAUGUGAACCUCGGAGGCCUCAACUUGAAAGGGCCUCAGAUUUCUGGCCCUCAGAUCUCAGCACCGGACAUGGACUUGAAUUUGGAAGGACCAAAAGUAAAAGGGAGCCUCGGGGGCACUGUUGGAGGAGGUCUUCCAGGCAUCAGUGUUCAAGGCUUAGAAGGGAACCUCCAAAUGCCUGGGAUUAAGGCCUCUGGCUGUGACGUGGAGCUGCAAGGUGUGAACGUGAAACUCCCUACCGGGCAAAUUUCUGGCCCUGAAAUCAAAGGCAACCUGAAAGGUUCAGGAAUAGGUGUCCACGGGGCCGCGCCCGACAUUAGCGUGAAAGGACCUUCAUUCAAUAUGGCAUCUCCUGAGUCCGAUUUCGGUGUCAACUUGAAGGGCCCGAAAAUCAAAGGAGGUGUGGAUGUUUCAGGGGAUGUCAGUGUCCCAGAUGUCAGCCUGGGUGAAGGGCAUAUGAAUGUCAAAUGUUCUGGGGUUGAGUGGAAAGGACCCCAGGUCUCCUCUGCUCUCAACUUGGAUGCACCUAAAUUUGCUGGUGGACUUCAUUUCUCAGGACCAAAGGCAGAAGGCGGUGUGAAAGGAGGCCACUUUGGACUCCAAGGCCCUGGGCUGAGUAUGUCUGGGCCUCAGGGUCACUUGGAAAGCGGGUCUGGCAGAGUAACAUUCCCGAAGAUGAAGAUCCCCAAAUUCACCUUCUCUGGCCGUGAGCUGGUUGGCAGAGAAGUGGGGGUGGAUAUUAACUUCCCUAAAACAGAGGCCAGUGUCCUGGCCGGUGCCGGAGAGGGUGAGUGGGAAGAGUCCGAUGUCAAACUUAAAAAGUCCAAAAUCAAAAUGCCCAAGUUCAAUUUUUCCAAACCUAAAGGGAAAGGCGGUGUCACCGGCUCACCAGAAGCAUCCAUGUCGGGGUCUAAAGGUGACCUGAAGAGCUCGAAGGCCAGCCUGGGCUCUUUGGAAGGAGAGGCAGAGGCGGAAACCUCUUCCCCCAAGGCCAAGUUCUCCUUAUUCAAAAGCAAGAAGCCACGGCACCGCUCCAAUUCCUUCAGUGACGAACGGGAGUUCUCCGCACCUUCCACCCCGACCGGGACUUUGGAGUUUGAAGGGGGGGACGUGUCACUGGAAGGCGGAAAAGUCAAAGGGAAACAUGGGAAGCUGAAAUUUGGUACCUUUGGUGGAUUAGGGUCAAAGAGCAAAGGUCAUUAUGAGGUCACCGGAAGUGAUGAUGAGGCAGGCAAGUUACAGGGGAGCGGAGUGUCCUUGGCCUCUAAGAAGUCCCGACUGUCCUCUUCUUCUAGCAAUGACAGCGGGACAAAGGUUGGCAUCCAGCUUCCCGAGGUGGAGCUGGUGGUUUCCACAAAGAAAGAGUAGUAGGCCUUUGUGUACAUACAUGUAUAAAAAUACAUCAGCCUUGGGUGUGUUUGUAUAUAACCUCCAAAGAGGAACACGCCGACAGCCUCAGCAGUGACGCGGAGACCUGGCGUAGCCACCGCCUCUCGGCUCCUGGACCUUUGCAGACAGGUGAGGAGUUCCAGGUUCGUCCAGCCCAUGUGCAGAGUCAACAGUAUUUGCCUUAAGAUUUCUUUUUUUUUUUUUUUGCAUUGAACGCUGAGAGCUCCUGUUUACUACGCAAGCUUUUGUGUUUAUUAUCCUCAUUUUUACUGAACAUUGUUAGUGUUGGGGUCAUUGGAAACCCAUUUUUUUUCAUUGUAAUGACUUUGGGGGCUUUUGUUAGUAAGGGUGGGGUGGGGUAGAAGGCAGUAGAGGGAAGCAGACCUUCAUUUCUCCUAGGAUUGGAUCUACUCAAAGAGCAAACUCCCCAAGGUGGCCAAGAGGAGUCGGCAGGCGGGCGUGUGGGUGUUUUUUCUAGAAUUCUUUAGCAUUGCUUCCCCCUCCCUGCCCCCCGGGGUUGGUGGUCCCAGCCAGCGUGGUGCUCUCGGUUAGAGGGAAUGAGAAACUGUUUGCAAAGUGGCCACCCCACCGGCUCUGCAUGGGGGCUUCCAUUCUGUAUGUCGUAAAAGAAACAUUUUCUUUAUGGCCACCAUGUUCCCCAUGUUAGUUCUGAUUCCUUUUAACAUGAUUAAGAAAAUUUCCCGCACUUUAAUGGCAACUUAAUUAAGAAUGUAAGAAAAUUGUUGCUGUCAAAAGCAAAUAAAGCUGUUUAUUAACCCUGA